GCACAGACUGUGUGGUCUAGGUCAGGCUGCAGCAUCAGCACGAAUAGUUGAAGACCAAGUUCAGGAAAGCGAGGGAAACCACAAAGACUAAGCAGAGAGCAAGGGCUUGCUUGGGUAGCCACAGCGGCACAUUUUAGACAUUCAGAGAUCAUUGCUUCUUUCUUUCUCCUUGGCACAUCUUCCCCACAGAAAGAUUAUGGGGGAAUAAAAGGAGGAGGAAAGCCUUGACUCAAAAAGAAAAAAAAAAAAAAGAUUAUAUAAAGUGAUCAUCUGUAUGGCCUGGGGCUUCCUAGUGUUUAUUGGGUAACAGUAUGACUAAAUACAUUGAGAAGCUAGAAGAGAUCAAAAAAAAUUAUAGAUACAAAAAGGAUGAGCUUUUCAAGAGACUAAAAGUUACAACUUUUGCCCAGCUGGUCAUCCAAGUUGCUUCCCUAUCUGAUCAAACACUGGAAGUGACAGCUGAAGAGAUUCAAAGGCUAGAAGACAAUGACUCUUCGACGACUUCAGAGCCCGACGGGGAAAUCGGUGCCAGGACCAACGGGAAGGGGAGCCCCGGGGAACAGUCGCCAAGCCCCAUGCAGUUCAUAACGAGCGCGGGAGCCGGGGACUCCAGUCGCUCCACUCUGCAGAGUGUCAUCAGUGGUGUUGGGGAACUGGAUCUAGACAAAGGGCUAGUGAAGAAAGCAGAGCCCAACACCAAAGACAAACCUUAUCCUGACUGCCCCUUCCUGCUACUAGAUGUGCGAGACAGAGAUUCUUAUCAGCAGUGCCACGUUAUUGGAGCUUAUAGUUACCCAAUUGCAACUCUGUCUAGAACGAUGAACCCUUAUUCAAAUGACAUUCUUGAAUAUGUAUCCUUUGUUGCAUUUUAA